UAGAGCAUGGUCCUUGACUUCACUCAGCUGCAAAGAUGAAUAACCAAGGAGCAACCUAUGUAGAACUGAAGGCAGUCAAGAGCUCAAAGAGACAACAAAGGAAACCUAAGAUUUCUAAAAGUUCCAGUUCAAUAACUGAGCAGGAAUUAACAUAUGCAGAACUAAGCCUUGAAAAUGCUCCUCAGAAUCUUCAUGAGAAUGACAAGAACUACCACUCCAAAGGUUCACCAUCACCUUCAGAAAAGUUCAUUGCUGGGAUCCUGGGAAUCGUCUGCCUUGCCUUGAUGUCCACUCUUGUGACAAUGAUCGUUGUUACUCCCUCUACUGUAAUACGGGAGCACAAUAACUCCUCUCCGAUAGCAAGACCCCAGAAAGAAUUUCAUUGUGGUUGUUGUCCAAAGGAGUGGUUUACAUAUUCCAACAAUUGCUAUUCUCUUAGUUUGGAAAAAGAAACAUUGAAUGGGAGUUUGAUGUCCUGCACUACUAAGAAUUCUACUCUGCUUUACAUAGACAGUGAAGAGGAAAUGAAAUUUCUGAUGUCACUGCCAACUAUAUCAUGGAUUCCAGUCUUUCGUGAAGGUCGUGGUCAUGCAUGGAAGUGGCAAAAUGGUUCAAUUUUCAAACUAAAGAUAACAGACCAUACACCUGGUGAACGGAACUGUGCUGUACUAUCCUCAAGGGGCAUAAAAGCAGAAAGCUGUCAGAUUCAAAAUACAUAUAAUUGCAAGCAUAAGCUUGAGAAUUAAAAAGUAUUGAACGUGGGCCACCAGCAGUGAGAGCAUGGAGUCCUUACCACUGAACCACCUGGAAAUUCCCCUUUUUUAAUUUUUUCAUCAG